GGGACGGGGCCAAGAUGGCGGCGCCCGUCCUGCUGCGGGUGUCGGUGCCGCGCUGGGAGCGGGUGGCGCGGUCCGCCGUGUGCGCCGCCGGCAUCCUGCUGUCCCUGUACGCCUGCCACCUGGAGCGCGAGAAGGGCCGCGACAGUCACUACCAGGCCCUGUGCGACCUCAGCGAGCGGGUGCGCUGCUCCGCCGCCAUCACCUCCAGAUGGGGUCGAGGAUUUGGUCUCUUGGGUUCCAUCUUUGGGAAGGACAGUGCAAUAAAUCAGUCCAACAGUGUUUUUGGCCUGGUGUUUUAUAUACUACAAAUGCUACUUGGUAUGACAGCAAGUGCAGUAGCAGCUCUAAUCCUCAUGACAUCCUCCAUAGUGUCUGUAGUAGGGUCCCUGUACUUGGCAUACAUUCUGUACUUCGUGCUGAAGGAAUUUUGCAUUGUCUGCGUGCUCACAUAUUUGCUGAACUUCAUUCUCUUUAUCAUCAACUACAAACGACUAGUUUAUUUGAAUGAGGCCUGGAAGAGGCAACUCCAACCCAAACAGGAAUAACCCCUGCUGGAACUUUUGACUGACAGUCUGAAGACCCAACUUCCAUUAAGUUUAUUUUGCAGUAAUUUUUUUAUUCUCCAUAUCAGACACUUUUUGCCCCCCUCUUUUUUCCCCCCACAAGAAUCAUAAUGGAAAUUUUGAAUGAUAAAUUUCAAGGGGCCCCAGAUAAUUUCUCUGUGCUAAUCUUCAGUUUCAAUGUGGUUAUGAAAGAAAGCUCUAUAACAAUCAAAGACAAGCUUUAACUUUACUUUGAAGGAGUUUUAGCCACAGCAAAACUUAGACUCUCUCUCUUCCCCCUCCACUUGUGAAGUGGGUAACACUUGCUAUAAAAUAUCCUGUAUAUAAAUUCAGGUAUAACAAGAUGUGAUCAUGACAUGAAAUAUUCUAGACUAGCAUCACCAUAUUUAAUGUUGCCAUGUUUACAGUAAGUGUAUUUUUUUUUCCUUUUUUUUUCUUUUUUUUUUUUUUUUAGCUGAUGGACUUAGAUUUGACUAGGACUUAUACUGUAAAUAAAAUUAGAACUCUUGGUUUCAUCCCUGGAGAACUCACUGUCCCAUGGGUUUUGGUAGGAGCUGUCAGAGGGUUCAGCUCAGAGUCGACUGACACGAUGGAAGAAGUGACCUCUAAAGAACAUGGAGUUGCUGCUCUCACUGUUGUGCUUUCACAAGAAUGAUGCUUGGGGUUGGUUCCAUUUUUUCUUCUUUUUUUUUUUUUUUUUCCUUUUUUUUUUUUUUUUUUGUCUCCAGUAACAAAAAUGGAAUUAAAGCUGAAACCUGAAGUAUGUUGAUUAAACGACAACCUCAUUAAUUUCUGUACAGAACAAAAAUAGCUUCAUGUGGUCAAUGAAAAGCUGAUUUGCAGAUUGGGGGUUGGAUGAAGUGUUCUUUGAAAGGACUCCAUUUCCAAGCAGAGCUGUUCCAUUUGAAGCUGUGCUCAGCCAGCCAGUGUUACUAAUGUUUGAUGUUCUGUGAAUGCUGCAGUAUAGAAUUGCAAUUUGCAGUGGAAACCACUGAGUGAGCAGGAUAACCAAGCAGUGCACUGAAAAAGCAGUUCCUUAAUUGAUCUUGGUCAGGAUCUUUGCUUUGUGCUAUAUUGGGAAAUGAACUUUAGGCCUGACACACACACACAGAGAAGAUCUCUUGGAAGGGCAACCUGUUUAAUGGGAUAAGUAAGUCAAUGUGCUCCUGAAAAUGAAAUGUGAUAUAGUGCUAUCAUUGCUCUUUCUAAGAACUAAUUGGGGAAAAAAAACAUAUUAAACUGCAGAUUUAAACAAAGGAACAAAAUUGUACACGUUGUUUCUGCACUCAGUAUUCUAAGGCUGAAUGUUAAAAGUGCCUUCUGUCUUCAAAUCUUAAACCAAAUACUUUGUGUUGAACUUGGCAGGCAGAAGUGUCCUUGCUUUAAAAAUGAACAAACAAAAUUCUCAGCAAACUUGCUGGGGAUAGAAGAGUAUUAAGAGAUCUGGUUUUAGUUUUUAGACUGAGAAGUGGUAGCAGUAUUGUUUUCAGUUUAAUUUAAAAGGUUGAUGUGAUUUGGAAAAGUGAAAUAUUUGUGUUUCAGACUGUGUGACACCAAAAUGUGUGGGUCCAGCUACUUUCUGUAAUUGGUGCUGUGCUGCUUUUUGCCCUUGUCAGUUCGAAAUAUGAACAAUUCCAACUGCAUACCCAUUUAUUUAAAGACUAAUUUAACUCCUUUUAGCAUUUUCAUUCUCAAACACGAAUGUCAGAGAGACACUUCCAUUGUAAGUGAUUUUAAACACUAAGGAUAAACUUGACUGUGAAACAAGCAGUGUUUCCAUAGAGCAAAACAAGGUUGGAGAUCAAAUUCACAAAAUUAAUAUUGAAAUUACUACUGAAGUAAUUCUGGUUUGCACCAAGGGUGGAGGUGGAAACUGCUUUUCUGUACAGAGUUGUGUGGUGUGAGUAACAUCUGUUGCAUGUAACACUAAAUGACUUGUCCCUCGUCUGACAGUUUUAGCCAACAAUCCAUUAAAUGAGUUUUGUAUUGACCAGAGUAUAGUUAAAGCUUGUCUUGAUGUUUAGUUCUGUCUCUCAAAUGCCUUCCACUUUGAUAUUAAGGGGAAUGAAUGAUGUUGAAUUGGUCCCUCAAGGCUUGGCUCUGUUCUCUCCCAAGCCCUGAGGCAGUAGCAGUGUUUAAUGUGUUGUAUAGAUUUUAUCUCAGUGCAUUCCUGUGAUCUACACUAAAGAUCUUUUUUUCAUCCAAGGAAGAGGUGAACAUGUGCUGCCUCAAAGUUGCUCCUGUCUCAGAGCAAGCAGCCAUGGAGACAAGUCUAAUCCAUGAGUACUUGGUCCAGUUCUGGGAAAAAAAAGAGGAAAAAAAAGCCCCAUCAGCUGAAAGUAUUGGUGUUGACUUAACUUCACUGUGUCUUGUGCUUGUUUGUGUGGGCAUAGUCUGUUGAUUCAGUUUGUUUAGUAAAAAUGUUUAGGGCCAGAUUUUCAGCAGUCCUUGUUAGUGUGCACAUGGGAGCAAAUGGAGCUGGAGUUUGGGCUCUGGGAGAAUUUGCAGCCACACUUUUUGUGCACAGCUUUGCAAAUCUGAUCCUUAAUUGUGAACUCUCUUGUCUUGUGUGCUUCCCUUGCAGUUCCUUUUUACUGGAAGUGAUUUGCUAGAAAUGGGCCCUGAUUUCUUCUCUCUCGUGCUUCAGAAAUGCAGUUGGCCUGAAUAAAGGGCAGAAUUAUCUUAGCAGGAGAAAUUUGGACCUUUCUGCUUCCAGUUCUUUUGACUCUUUCCUUGCUGCUCCCAAUGAUAGAAACAGCAUUUUCCUUCCAGUAAAAUGGGUUGUGAUUGAAAUCAGGAGUGCAGCUGUGCCUCCCUGCCUGCCCCAGCCAAAAUGUGGUGGCACAUGUUUGCUUGAUACUGGUUUUGUCCUUCCAAAUCCAAAGGCAAAUCCUAAAAUUUCUCCAGGGUGCAGGAGUCUGGGUAAAGGCAGGUAAAUUAUAUUUGGGCUGGCAAGGGACAGGGGGGGUUACAGAAAUCCUUGUGGUUUCAGCACUCAGGAGAAUGGAAGGGAUAAAAUUCACAGUUUCCAAACAGAGGUUCUGAAUCUGGGCUCUUCCUGCCCCUCUUUGGCUCUCUCAGAAUCCCAAAAUUCCUUUAGGAUCAUGGAAUAUUCUGAGUUGGAAAUUUCACUCAGGGGGGCAGAUUGGAAAGGCAACAAAACCUCAUCCCAACCCUGCUUAGGAAUUAACCAUUCCUGAAAUCCUCUUACUGUAAGGUACUUGCUACUCUUUAAGGCCAGGGAGGAAAUGAAUAUUCCUGGAAAUUUCUCCCAGUGAAACAUUUGUGAGGCCAAUGCAACAUUGCUGAGCACCUUUGGGAUCUGCACUGACAGCAGAUCUCUGCUGAGGAGGUUUCUGGAUGCUGGGGUUGGCAUUUUUGUGCUGCUGUGGUCUCAGGAGGUUGGUGAGGUGCUUCAGGCAGUUCUGCUCCUCAUUUAUGUGGGCUGAGAUCAGAGCUUGGCUUUAAAUGCUGUUUAAACUGGUCCAAAAAAGAACUGAAGUAUUCUGUUACCACAAAACUGUGUUAAGCAUGGCCUAAAUAUUAUUAGGUGUUUGUUCUGUAUAGUCUGUUCCAUCAACUAUUUAUUCCCAGUGCUUUCAAAUCCAACACCCAUUUAAAAAGGAGUCAUUGGGCAGAUGUUCCUUUUCUCAAUAUAGGCUGAGAGAUUCUCUACUGGAGGUUUAGGAUUCAAUUUUGCUAACAGGUAAAAAAACCAUGUAAAUAUGUACGAAUUCUAUUUGUUGCACAUAACUUUUUUGGUAUAAAAAAAAAUAGAAAAAAAAAAACCCAACAAAAAUAAAUGUAGAAAUUACCUGUGGAUGUCUUGCUGCAAUCAUUCUUAUGCUGCAUUCAUGCAGUCCAAACAUAAGAGCUUGAAUGAACCCAACCAGAGGCCUUUUUGGACUCAGUCUGAGCCUUAGAAACUGUUUUUAAUGUCAGUACUGUAAUUCUGUUUCUAGAAUUGUACCAAGUCGUGUGGUUUUCCCCAAGACCUUGUGUGUGUUUAGCUGUGGAAGGGUUAAAGCACUUGAUCUCCCCAGAUCCCAGUUUUCCCAGUAGAAUUCCUGCAGCUUUGUGUCUGCCUGAGCAUUGUGUGUAAAGGCUGAGCAGCGUUGACUUGAGGCUUUCAAUGUUUACAGUUCUUUAAGCAAAAAAAGAAACAAAAAAAAAAAAAGCCCCAACCUUGUGGUUUUUAUCACUUUCUGCUUUGUUGGGGCUGCUCAAAGCUGGUCCCACAGACCACAAAAUCCCUGGAAAAAGUGUUGGGAGUGUCCCUGGAAUUGGGGAGGGGUUUGUUGAGAACAAGCAGGAAUUAACCCUCAGAUGUGUGCUCAGAUUUUGGGGGGGGCUGAGCUGAGCCCUGCUUUGUAAGGAGUGACAAAUGUCAAAUCCUCAUCUGUGUUUUGGUCAGGUCUGUUGAAAUUGAAGAAAAUGAGUUUUUAAAGGAUGAUGGAGAAGUUGAAAUGACUUUCAAACACUGCUAGUUGGCAGUACCAUGGUGUGGUUGAACAAAUGUCUUUUUAUUGUGCAUAGAGUUUUAUAUCCUGGGAGUUUAGUUCUAGAGAAAAUCUAGGCCUAGCACGGUGUGAGGAAUGCUGUAGUGUUGUUUCUUUUCCCUUAAAAACACAAGAAAAAUUGUUGUGGAGUCUGCAGUGAACAUCUGUGUCCUUACUGUGCUGGGGCAGGGUGGAAGUGCUGCUGGUUCCUCGUGUACCCCCUCUGAAGGGAACAGAAUUUGGCCAGCACACAAGAGAAAAGCAAAGAUUUCCUUCAUAUGGUCAGAUUUGGUCACUUCCCUGAGGCACUGACACAGAGGCACCAGUUUCACCCAGAAUCUGUGAAUUCCAAUAAUUAAACUCCAGAUUGGAACUUCCCAAAUGCUUUGGGCAGCCUCUGCUUUUGUUGUUCUGCUGCUUUUGGGAAGUUUGCAGAUUAAAUAUUCUGAGUUUUGCUGAGUGCUGCUGUGCAGGCCUAAAGGGGACACAGGGAUUUAUUUACACCUGGCCCUGCCCCUGAGGUUUGGAACAGAAUUUCCCUCUGGGCUGCUCCUCCUGUGGUGAUAUUGAAUAUGAAGGAAGCCCUUCCACAUGGAAGUGGCAUUGUUGGACACAGUUUGUGUCUGACACUGGCAGUUUUGGUACUGUACAAUAAAUAGAUUUCAAGUUGAGUUGAGGUAGUCCCUCCCUGUGUAACAUUCCACCUUGCUGCUGGAACAGGAAUUCCAAACUCUCUGCUGGAUGUGUUGGGUGCCUCACACCCUCCUGCUGCUGGGAAUGCUCGGGAUUUCUCACACAUCCACCCUGCCAGGCCAGAGCAGCUGCACAAACUCUGCUCCUCUGCAAUCCUGUGGACAGUUUGCUGUGAUCUCAGUAGUGUUAACUCUUAGGGGAGUUGAACUGGAAAACCUCAUUUGCUUUAGAGGGAUGUGAUGUUCAUUUAGAGUAACUUAGGUUUUGUUUUUAAGUUCACCAUUGAGUUGUAUCAUGUAAUAUUUGUAAUUUUUUUUGCCAUAAACAGAUACCUCAGUCAGGAUUUCUUAACUUCAGCUCCUUGAAAGUGAAUAUUUGUUUUCCUGCCUGGAAACAAGAAGCCUCCAGACUUGUCUGAGCAGAGGAAACAAAAGUUUCUGAUCUGCUUUGCAUCACAGUAACUACUUCAGGUGGACUAGAAAUCGCACUGGACUUGCAAGACUUCAAUCAGGCAUAAAACUUAUUUAAACAGAGAUUUAAUAACGAGUUCAGCAUCAUCCCCAGCCCCUAAACCCUUUGUUUUCAUUUUAGGAAGAGGGAAUGUGAUGUCAUUGCAGGAGGAAGACAGCUUGAUUCGUUUGCAAUCCUCCAGUACCUGUCCCUAAGGACAAAGGCGGCGGCUUUGGGCUGGCGCUGCCGGGUGAAGAUUCCCUUCUUGUUGCCCAGAACUCGGGUGGUGCCUGCAGAGAAGUUAUAAAACACAGAAAUUGAUACAGAAUGUACAAACCAGGCUCUGCUGUGAGCUGGUACAGUGCAGGGACUAAAUGAGGCCACGUGGAAGGGACCUCUGCCCUUUGUUUGCACAGUCAGGGAGCUGUGGAUGGGACAGGGCAAUGCAGCUGCAGCUCCUGAUUCACAGCUGCUGGGCUGGGACAGGCUCUGGGGUGUGCCCAGUGAUCAGGGUUCUGUCUGCUGGACAUUGGCUCCACCUUCAGAUUGGAUGGAGGAAAUGGUGGUGACUAUUCACUGUCCUGUGUGGUGUCUGGAUCCUUUCUGCCUGUUUCAGUUUUCACAGGAAAUUAGAGAAAAGGAUUGCAGCAGGUUGAGAGCCUGGAACUGCAUCUGUGUCUGACCUUGUCUACAUUUCCUCAGUCCUUUUUGAUGCUGCUUUUCUGGGCACUGCCACCACUGAGUUUUCUAAUGCCUGUCCUGGUGCUCUGCAGGGUAUUUUAGUGCUGUUCUCCCUCUCCCUGACUGCUCACCACCCCAACCCACUGCAGGUGGCAUAAGCAGAACAGGUUCAUUGUUAGAUCUGAGUUGUGAUUGUUUCAUUUCUGUGAAUUAGGGAAUUUCCCUUCCUUUGUGACUGCACUUGUCUGUUAAUAAUGGAUGGAGUGCCAUGGUGAGCCAGCUGUGUGCCAGUGUGGCACCUGUUCCUCUGCUGCUGAACCUCUACCAAGUAAAUUGUGAUUCUUUCAGGUGCUCUGUUCCCAGGGCAGCUGCAGGUGACACUGGAAGCAAGAGAGAUGUCCCUGACAGCUGCCUGAAGCUCUGAAUUGAGGGUGGCCAAAAACCAGGAACAACUGGGUCCUCACAAGCUUCCCCUGUGCACUGUCCCAUGCUCCUGGGAGCAUCUGUGCAAUUAAGCACAGGCAGGACCUUCUCUCUUGGCUCUGGGCAUGCUGGAUUUGGUGACAAAACCUGGUGAACAGAGAGCCUUUUGUCCUACCCUUCAGCACAGUGUUUGUGUGGCACAAGCACUAAACUCCCAGGGAUGAUGCAGAGGUUUAGGAUGUAAAUAAAAUCUCACCUUGAUUGGUCAUGAAAUCAGCAAAAUUCCAGAUGAGCUCCCCAACCACGUACUCCUUCCUCUUCUUGUCCAGCACAGAGUGGUACUCCCUGAGCAUGGCCUGCUGGUACUCCUCACUGAACAUCAUGGGGGGGUCCUGCAGCCAGGAGAGAGCUCAGGCCACAAACCAUCCCACCCAGAACAUUCCUGACCAGCAGCUCUGGGGCUGCCUGUGCUGCUUUAACCUGGCUGCUGUGACCAUCAGCAAACACACAACUCCCAGAGGGAAUUCUCCUGGUGGCCUUUGUCAUGACAGGGACAGGAGUGCCACCCCUGCAUGGGACAGCACCAGGAACCUCCAUUCUCCAGGGUCUGCUUUCAUUUCAGCAGUUUUAGCACUUCAAGGACAGAUUUUGGAGUCCUCUGUAGCAGACAGAGUGAGUGGCAGAGCUCUCUGAUCCCAAUCCUGGAGCCUUUUGGACACUCCCAGCACAGCCAGGCCCAGGGGUGCCAGCCUCUCCCAGUUCCCAUUUUCUGCCUCUAAGAGCUCUUUCCACCACAACACUCACACUGUGCAGCCCAGGCACUGAGUCUGCUCCAUAUUCACUCUGGAUAAUGGGUUUUUGGUAGGUUUUGUACCAGUUCUCAAACUGGGCUGUGAGUUGCAGUGGGAUCACUUCCAGGUGGCCUGGGUCAUGGUACCAGGAGAAGUAGCUGUUCACACAAAUCACAUCCACAUAGGGAGCCUGCAAAAAAAAAAAAAAGGUGAGAGUGUUCUUCAACCUUCUCUUGUAAAUCUAAAUCCUCCUUUGGGUUCAAUUAAUGGAAUCCAGGUUUGUUACACAUAGAAUUAAUUGUUUCCCCCAUCACUCAGGCUCUCCAAAUAUAAUCUCUUUCCCAGGAAAAAAAAAAUUAAUAAGCUAACAGCAUUAAUUUGGCAUUUUUCUUACAGAUUAGGAAGUCACAGCAAAGAGUUAGACAAGAUCAACACGUUUCAUUCUCAGGUUUGUUAGAAGUUUUUUUGUUUCCAAGAUGUCUCUGGCUUGCUGGUACAUUUAGAUGUACUUUUUCUUUUUGAGUAUUGGAAUGUGAUUAUCAAGUGAGUGGUCAAAUAUUUUGACUAGCAACUAAAUUUUGUGCAUCAAUGGUGCAAUACUAAGACUAAAGCAUUCUGCAAGUUAUUUGCCAUUUCUACCACAUGGACAGUGUGAUAAAAGGGCACAAAGCCCCCUCAAAAUAAAGUGAUGUUGUAUGUAACUUGUUCAAUGUUCUCUUAACAUGUUUUGUAAUAAAAGAAAAAAAAAAGUUCUAAUAUCA